AUGAUUGAGCCAAACAUGUCCGGGACACGAACCAACGUCGGACAGCCGUUACUAAGUGUGGUCAACUUUUUGAUCAUGCUGUCUGGAGCCGCGGCUGUAGAUGACGGUUAUUGGGCACUACUCAACCACAACAGCAACCUGAAAAGAAAAACACAGGCCACCGAAGUGACGCGAUUCCUCGAACUCACCAUCCCGCGUGAGGCUAUGUCGAGUCUUGGCUCUCUUUCAGCGCGUGGCUUGCCGGCCACCCCCGUCUGGUGGAAUAUGGUCCACCUGUUAAUCUGGACUGUAGCAGGUUUUACAGCCUAUUGGUUCUGCCUCGUGCUCCAUCGUCUCUUUCUACACCCACUCAGGAAUGUGCCGGGACCCAAGGUGGCGGCGGCAACCAGUUGGUAUGAGUUCUAUCAAGACGUCAUCCUUGACGGGCAUUACCUCAAGGAAUAUCCUCGAUUACAUGCGCAAUACGGUCCCAUUGUGCGCGUGAGCCCGAACAGAGUCCAUAUUAACGACUCAGCCUUCUACCAUAAGGUAUACUCUACCAGAACUAAGUAUCUUAAGGAGCCUGCUCUGUUUAAGUUUGCCGGCGAGCUUGACGCACUACCGUUCAUCAUGGAGCCCGCGGCGCAUAAAAUACGCCGCGCCAUUGUAGGCCCCAUGUUCUCCCCUCGCUCUAUCCAAGAGUUCUCGCCAGCCGCUCUUCAAAUUAUCAAGGCUGCCCUGGGAAAAGUAGAAGAAGCACAUGACUCCGGACUUCCCGUGAGCCUAAAGACGCUGGAAUCGAAUUUUGCGAUGGACAUUAUAAUGAAAUUAUGCUUUGGCAGGGAUAUGAACUGCACUAAAGGAACAAAAGAAACUACCGCCCUCGUUAACUGCAUGAUAACUCUGACCCGCAGCUUUUGUCUUAUCAAGCAUUUCCCUAUACUCGGGACUACUAUGCAAUCGUUUCCCAACCCAAUCUUGGCGCGCAUUCUCCCGGGUUUCGUCGAGUUUCGCCAGCAAUGUGCCCAGUGGGUCGCCGAGGUCCGCGAGAGACAUCAAAAUGGCGUAUAUAGAGACGAGUCUGGUCGGCAGACUGUCUUUGACGCCAUACUUGAGGCCGAGCCUCAGCGCACAACCAAAGGAUGUGGACGAGGCAUUUUCCCUUGUUAUUGGGGUCCCGAGGUCCAGAAGAAGCUGCUGGAUGAACUUGACAAGGUGGAGACGAACAAUGAUGGGUUGAUGGAGUACCAAAACCUGGUCAAUUUGCCCUAUCUGACUGCUAUAAUACAAGAAACUCUCCGCAUAUCGUCCCCGGCUCCCGGUAUUCUUACCCGCCUUGUGCCAGCUGGAGGGACUACAUACAGCAAGUACUUCCUGCCGGCAGGAACCUCCGUCUCGACCGCGCAACGUAUGAUCCACUACGACCCUGACCUCUUUCCCGAACCCGACGCCUUCAUGCCAGAAAGAUGGCUAGGGGACAAUGCACAGGUAUACAAGGCAAACCUAAUUCCUUUUGGCAAGGGACCUCGGAUGUGCGUGGGGAUGUAUCUCUCUUACAUGGAGGCAUAUGUCUUUCUUGGGAAUCUUUUUCGCCGCUUCGACAUGAGCUUGCAUAACACCGACCAAUCCACUCUCCGCUGGAAGGAUCAUAUUGCUCUUCAUCUAGAGGAUGAUGUUAUGAUUAAAGUUAAUAGCCGUAGGUAG